UGACAGCUGUGUGCUGUGAGCGUUUGCUGUGGUUUGUCUGUUGGCAGUUUGAGACCAUAGACUGUAUAUGGUUGAUACCUGUGUGUACCUGGACGUCGAAUAACCGCCGUGAAUCGUCUACACGUCUUUGAAUCGCGUCACGUCCACUCUGUCGGCCUGGUAUGGCGGAGAGAGGGCCGUCGGUUGAAUUCUCCGGCUCUCUGACGAGCUCCACUCUUCCCCCGCCGAGGACCCGCAUCUUCAAAAUCAUUGUGAUCGGGGACUCGGGGGUCGGAAAGACGUGCCUCACCUAUCGCUUCUGUGCCGGCAAGUUCCCCGAGAAGACCGAGGCCACGAUCGGGGUUGACUUCAGGGAGAGGCUGGUCGAGAUUGAUGGCGAAAAAAUUAAGAUCCAGCUGUGGGACACUGCAGGCCAAGAGCGCUUCAGGAAGUCCAUGGUGCAGCACUACUACCGCAAUGUGCAUGCUGUUGUCUUUGUUUAUGACGUUACCAACGCUGCUAGCUUUCGCAGCCUCCCUGCCUGGAUUGAGGAGUGCAAGCAGCACGCUCUGGGCACAGAGGUACCCAGGAUCUUAGUUGGAAACAAGUGCGACCUCCAAGACUCCAUCCAAGUGAGCACAGAUGUGGCGCAACAGUUUGCAGAUUCCCAUUCCAUGCCCCUAUUUGAGACAUCUGCAAAAAGCCCAAACAGCCAGGGAGAAGGAAGCAAUGGCAGUGGAAACAGUGACCACGUUGAGGCUAUUUUAAUGACGGUGGCCCACAAACUCAAAUCUCAAAAGCCUCUAGUGCUGAGCCAGCCCCCUAGGGGAUCAGCAGGCACCAUCCACCUGAGUAGGGGGAUGAGUGAUGGAGAUGUGGCCAGGAGCUGGGCCUGCAGCAGCUGCUGAAGAGGAAAAAUGGAGGGAAAGAGGGCGACAACUUUAGCUUCAGGCUGAAUAAGCCCUGUGAAACUGAAAAUUAAGUGAGCUGAGGAAACUGGAGCUCUAGAAAGAUUGAGUGGAUCCAACUAAAUGGCUUCAACAACUGAAACGAUGUGUUAAUUUGAAAAAAAUACUUUUUUCAUGUGCUUGUGCUUGAUAUCACAAACUACUUUUAAUAGUUUAGUUAGGGGCAAUGUGAUUGCUGCAAUGUGGCAAUGCAAUCUGAUCUUUGAGCUCUUGUGGAAAACAAUGACGCAAACAACUUUGAUUGUUUUCCAGUCCAGAUACAAUCAGGAUCGUCCCAUGUAAUGGGAAUGUAAAGUGUGAAGAGCAGCUAAUGAGAACUACUGGUGGGGAUUUACAAUUAUUUUACUGACGUGACCUGAAUAUAAUUUGUUCAUGCAGACAGUACAACCCAACACAUAACAUCAUGCAACCUGUGAUGCAAUGUAUGGCCUUAAUCUGUGGCACUGCAGUAAGGACUGCAUCAUAUGGAAAGGAGUUGGGCAAUGCCUUCUUUUUGUCGUAUUGUCGACAUAUGAUGAUAGUCUUAAGACUGGCAACCUGUCAGGGUGUACCCCGUCUCUCGGACAACAUCAGCUGGAAUUGAUUCCAGCUCCCCUGCGACCCUCAAAGUACAAUAGUAUAGAUAUCAGAUGGUUGAUAAUCUUUAAUUUUCAUUAAAGGUGCCCUGUUGAAUUUUUUGUUAAAGUUUUUAAAAUUUUUGUUCCAUGUUUAUCCAGUGCUUUUCAUCAAAACAUGUUAAUUAUUGAAUCCUCAUAAACACAUUGAAUUGAGUCCCUUCAAAAAACAUAUGUACAUAAUUGAUCAAUGUGCAUAUGAUGAAAGUCGCUAUUAUUAGAUAACAGAGGGAAUGUGGAUUCAGAGCUACAGUAAAUCUGCUCUUUGUAGUGUUUAAACCCAGAACAUAACUGUGACUAAGGGUGUCAAUUAAUUUAGCAGUUAGCAUUAGCACCAUUUAUAAAUACUUCUCUGAGGGACUUGAGUUCCUCUUCAGCACGGUAAGGUAAAUACUUAGGCUUUUUGAAGUCUUUGUUGCUGUGUGCUGCUCAACUGUUUAUCGUAUCAUCUGCUAUGCGAUGUUUUCAUCAAGAAAACACUUAAAACUACCGUCAGGUCAACACAAUCAGGGGAUGCUUAUGAAUUGUUAAUCACUGAUCUUGGUGUGUUUGUGCUGAGCUCAGACUUUGUUUCAGCUGAUCACUGACGACUGAUUAACACUGACCUCAUUAACAUCAAUUGUUACUGUAGCUGACUGUAUAAAGUCCAGUGCUGAGGGUUUAUAUUACGCAGUUGCUUCUAACACAAAUUCACAAGUAAACAAAAUAGGUCACAAUGUUUCAUUGUGUCAAACAAUGGAGGUGUCGAAUAAAAACAUUAAAAUAAUAAUAAAAAUGGCAAUAAAUUCUGUAAAUAUUUCUUCUAGUGUAAGGGAAUAAUUAGAAUAUUUUUUCACAAGUGUUGGAGAACAUUGUUACUUCUGCUGGGCCAGUGAGUAUAAUGCAUUUUGCACCUUUGUAUGUUUGAGUCAUUGAAAAGAGAAAGUGUCUGCAGGAAGAAAAUAUGGGGAUGACAUGCAGGGGAUGGUAUGGCCACUAAGAGUCAAAUCAGGAACCUACUUAAAAGGAUAAUCAGGAUUCAUGCCCAUGAUAUAUGGCAUAACCAUUCAGAUGCCAGGCUAUCCUGAGAAAGUUGCUUUAACAGCAUCCCCAACAAAUAAGGAAGUAAGGAGCUUAUUAGCCACACAUCACCAUAGUUGAUCAGUAGAAAACACUUGUAGCUUUGUUUUCAAUGCCUUCAUGUAAUAGUCUGUAUUUAUUUAAUGCGUUUCUAAGCACUCUACCCCCUUAAAAAGAAUUGUCUUUGGCAGGUUAAAAUAGAGAAACUUAGUUUUGAGAGACAAAAAUAUCCUAUUGUCAAGAUCAGUUUGCUAGUAUCCAGCAACAGAGCUAACACUCUGCAUACUGGCAUCGUGUGAUGUAAUUUAACAGUUGAGGUACCCAGAAUUAUACUCUUUUAAACAAGUCUGCUAUAUGAAUCUGUUACCUGAUGCACUGAGAUAUUGGGGGGAUAGACUUUUCACUUCAACCAGACUCUCUAUGGCCUGACAGCUGUGUAACGACAGUGGAAGAUCAUGUUGGUGUUUCUACUGUUUAAGAUUCGGGCCAUCCACCUUCACACUGGGUCCCAUAAUGUCCUGUUCCUUACUUUUGUACAAGGCAGCCAUGAAUAACAAAUACUGCUAAUGCAUGUCUCAAAAAGGAAAAUCUCAGUUGCAGAAUUGGUUUGCAUAGUGACCAAUUUGUCUCCAACAUUGACCAAAUUAUUGAAGACAAAUAAAAAGGGGAUACAUUUACAAUGGAUUUGUUUUGUGCAACCUUGCAAUAAACCAUGUAAUUGCUCAAUAA